GAUGUUUAGCGGGAAAUUUAAAAUUGCACUUUAUAAGUUAACCCGGCCGUAUUGGCAUGUGUUGCAAUGUUAAGAUUUCAUCAUUGAUGUAUAAACUAUCAGACUGCGUGGUCGGUAGUAGUGGGUUUCAGUAGGCCUUUAACACAAGCUAAAAAGUCAUCAUGGCUUUGGCAGUCUUGGCUGUGGCAAAGUCAGCUUGGACAGACUCCAGCUUUCCCAGGACCGUAUAUUAUUUAACGUGGUAAAAAAUGAACAAACGCUAAUAAAUAUCUUGAUGGACUUAUAUUUGCAAGUACAUGGCGGGAUUUGCAUGUGUGCAACACAGUCAGAACUGCAAAAUUCCCCUUGCCCGUUCCAACCAUCAUUUGAGGAGGGACCUAAAGUCCAUUCUAGAGGCAGGUCAAGUCAUGAUAACAAAGUAUUCUCGGUCAUUAUAUAUACCAGACUUUUUUUGCAAUUCCAACAGGAUCAAAUCUACGAACACACUCAACAACCACAAACUUUCUAAAGAUGAAGACAUUUAACCUUGCAGUGGCUGUCAUCACUCUGCUCGCCUUGAUCCUUAUUCAGGAGGGUUACGCCUUCUCACUUCAUGACGAUGUGGACCAGAACAAGGAUCUGACUGAUGCAAUGAAAGAAUUUCAUGAGAUGCCAGCAGAGCAAUUGGAGAUGGCGGACCAAAGCAGCAACAACAGACCGAAACGCCAUAGCGACCCAAAAGGGUGCCGCUUUUGCUGUAACUGCUGUGGAAGGAGGGGGUUCUGUGGGCUCUGCUGCGAAUGGAGAUUUUAGGAAUCAUCUUGAAGUCUCAACACAAUAAAUAAUUAUUAAAGCUGCUGUAUUUUGCCGGCUCUGAAAUCUUUAAGAGAAUACACUGAAAAUAUUGUUGGCAGUGAAUAAACA